UCUAUUUUUUCCUUCUUAUUUUUCACUUUUGUUUUGUUUCUUUUUCUCUGUUCGCUUUUCAAGUAUUCAAGCUUUUUUUAAUGAGAUACAUGAACACUUUUUUGAGCAUGUGGAUAUUUUUCUAAGGUUCAUAUAUUCAAGAUAUGUCUCUGCGUACAAUACUUCAAAAAUAAUUUAGAGACCGGAGGAGGAACAUUCGUAGAUCAAUCAUGCAGAAGGGUCUGAACUGGAAUCGAACGAGUCACAAAAAAAAAAAGAACGAGUAAAGAGAUCCAGACAAAGUUGUGGUAGUGUUUGGAGAGAUUUGGGAGAACGAAGAAGAAGAAAGGAGGAAGAAUUACCUCCUGCCCCGGCCUCUUGGGUGGCGUGGUACUUAGAUCUUCCUGUGCUCCAAUAGUAGUGUAGUCGCAUGCGUUGCGUGACCCCGUUGUCCUGAGAUCGGCGUUCUGCGAAGGCUACCUCAUCACCUUGCAUCAUUCGGCCGUAUAGCUUGUUUGGCUGUUGCUUUAUAUAUAUAACGAGGACAAGGCCUACUAAUACACUCACUGCAAAAGGAAGAUACAACUACUAGUACGUGAUGCAAGCAACAACUUUGUUAACGUUUUCAUAAGCCGGCAGGAGUGUGCUUUCACUUAACACAUCCCCUAAGGCCACCUAGCACAUUGUACGCAGCAUUCCCUUCCCUUCACUGACGGGAAGGAAUGGACUCUGGCGUGCUCCUGCCUCCGGGUGAGCCGUCGACCACCAGCAAACCCGGCGGAUGGCCAGCAGCACUCUUCCUGAUAGCGGUGGAGUUCGUGGAGCGCGUCGGGUUCUACGGCGUGCAGGGCAACCUGAUCACGUACCUCACCGGCCCGCUGGGUCUGUCCACCGCGGCGGCCGCGGCCGGGGUGAACGCCUGGGCCGGGACGGCGUCGAUGCUGCCGCUUCUCGGCGCGCUGGCCGCCGACUCCUGGAUUGGCCGGUACCGGGCCAUCGUGGCCGCCGGCGUGCUCUACCUCGUGAGCUUCGGGAUGCUGACGGUGUCAUCCAUGGUACCACCACGUCAACCUCAACCAGCGGCAUCGCCGCCGGCGUCCCCUCCCCGCGCGGCGUUCUUCUACGCCACGAUCUACGUGGUGGCGCUGGCGCAGGGCUUCCACAAGCCCAAUGCGCAGGCCCUCGGCGCGGACCAAUUCCCCCGGAGCUCCCCCGACAGCAUCGCGUCCCGUAGCUCUUUCUUCAACUGGCUCCACUUCUCCAUGUCGUGGGGCUUCAUUGUCGCCGUCGUCGCGCUGAGCUACGUGCAGGACAACGUCGGCUGGGCCGCCGGGUUCGGCGCGUCCUGGGCGAUGAUGCUCGUGUCCCUGUCCAUGUUCUUGCUUGGCACGGGCACGUACCGUAUCGCAGAGCAGCCACGCGACCGCCGUGCUCUCGCACGGCUCACGGAAAAGUUGGCAGCCACGGCGCGUACAUGGACUGACAGGGUCUUCCGUCGCAGCGCCGCCAUGGACGAUGAAUGUUUACUGAGGCCAAAAGAGCAGGAAGGCAAGGGGGUCAUGGUGAAGCUGCUUCCGAUAUGGAUGACCAGCGUCGUGUAUGCAAUGGUGAUCGUGCAGGUGUCCACUCUGUUCACCAAGCAGGGCAGCACCAUGGACCGGCGCAUCGGCGCGACCACAGGCCUAGUCGUGCCUCCGGCGGCGCUACAGAGCUUCGUCGGCCUCGCCAUCAUCGCCUCCGUCCCCAUCUACGACCGCGCCUUCGUGCCCCUCGCGAGGCGCGUGACCAAGCAUCCCUCCGGGAUCACCAUGCUCCAGCGCAUUGGCGCCGGCAUGGCCAUCGCGUCCGUCGCCAUGGCCGUCGCGGCGCUCGUGGAGGCGGCGCGCCUCCGCGCGGCGAGGGACGCCGGCCUGGUCGACAGUCCGGGGGUGACGGUGCCGAUGAGCCUGUGGUGGAUGGUGCCGCAGUACGUGCUGCUCGGCCUCGCCAACGUGUUCACCAUGGUGGGCCUGGAGGAGUUCUUCUACGACCAGGUGCCCGACGCGCUCCGGAGCGUCGGGCUCGCGCUCUGCAUGAGCAUCAUGGGCGUGGGGAACUACGCCAGCGGCGUGCUCGUGUCGGCGGUCGACUGGGCGACGAUGCGCACGGGGGAGAGCUGGUUCUCGGACAACCUCAACCGUGCGCACCUCGACUACUUCUACUGGGCUCUGGCCGGGGUCGCCGCGCUGGAGGUGCUCGUUUUCUUGUAUUUUUCCACGAGAUACGUCUACACUAACAAACGCGAGCUUGUAAUGUAGAAAUGCAUCUCGGCCCGGAAGAAACAACCGAUCUGCAUCUCAUACUUCACUUCA